AAGAGAGAGUGUUUUGAGUUUCGCGAUACCGGGAACUGCGGACGCAAAAACUGCAGAUUUGACCAUAUCAGAGCCCCUAUGCGAGGUGGAGGACGUGGACGAGCCCCGCGAGCAUUCUCUGAUAGCAAUCAAACACCAAACAGCGCUCACGAGAAAAACGAAUUCUUUGAGUGGAGAAGGCAUGUCCUAUCGCACACUCAUGACGAUCUCACUCUCGGGAGGAAACUUGGGUGGUUUUUCCAAGAAGCUCGUCGACUCGUUGACGUGGACCGUGGCUAUGCCCAGCAAGUUGUUGACUAUCUCUCCCAGGAGGGUGGAUUGAAACGUAUCCGUGAGCUGGUUGACCGUGAGUUUACAGUGAUGUUAGAGUCGAGACAGAUGACCGUAUUUGCGGAACAGAUGUUGCCUUUUCUUGAAAUGGUAAUCCACGCAGACGUCCUCGCUUCUCUCUUACUCGAACAAGCAGUGGGUACGAUUUACACUUUCAUCUUUGGUCAAGGAGGUCAGCGUGUCGUGAGACUUUUGAGUUAUCUUGCCGAUAUUUUGGAAUUAUCUAGCAAGAAGGAUAUCGAAGACAGCUCGGACACUAAAGAGAAAUGUGUCUUGCACUUGGAGAUGACCCUUCUUUUCCUGAAACAAGUCGUCAACUUAAACUCCACGGCAAUUGUGUGCGAGCCAUUGAAGCCUGUCGUGCGUCGAUUCGAGGCAAUAUAUAUGGCCCUUGAAUCUUCAAAAUCGGGCCCAUGGCUUGUUGGAGCUCGUUCGCAUCUUGAGAAUAUCCAGCGUCGACUGGAUAUUGGAAGCUUAUUACCUGAUCGCAAGCCACCCACCCAGACAAGCAAUUCUAACAACCCUGAUAAAUUCGUGGUUCCCCUUGAACCUCCCGGAGGCAGACAUGAUAAUGACCACUCAGACAUCUGCCAAAUAAAAAUAAUGCCCACUCUUCAAGAGGUACGGUCUACUCGAAGCGAAUAUCUGCCUCCACGAGAUCCAAGUCAGUGGCAUACAGACGGCGUGUCAGGUCUUCUUGACAGAAAUUUCCGGCUACUUCGCGAAGAUACGGUGGGACAGCUCCGUGACGCCAUUCACAACGAGAUAGUGCCUGGCCACAUCGUUCAGAAUAACCAUAACGGAUUGAGAAAUCGCGUCUACAAGAACGCCCAAAUUGAUAGUCUCGAUAUGGACAUCUUCCAGGGACUCCGGAUUCAGAUGGUAUUCCCACAACCGACAGCCGUGCAAAAACUGAGCAACAGAAGAGAGCGAGAAGAGUGGUGGCAGCUGUCCAAGCGGCUUCAGACAUCCGCUCUAGUUUUCUUGACCGAUUAUCAGGGGUUUGCAGUAUUUUGCACGGUGUCUGAACCGAAAGCCAAGAGACCGAGAAACGAGGAAGAUUAUAUGCCAGCGCCCCGGGAAAACGAAGAAGUCACACUCUGGACAGAUUCACAGGUCGCAGGGGUCGUCCUUGGCCUGGUAGAGACAGACAGACCGAGUGUCAGGAACAUACUGGAAGCGUAUAAAUCAGGGCAUACGUCGACUGGGAGGCUGUCUCUGAUCGAGUUUCCUGGGGUUCUUCUGCCAUCGUUUCAGCCAACGCUGCAGGCGCUGCAGCGGAUGCAACAGACCGCGUACCUUCCCUUUGCAGAUAUCCUCACCGCCCACGCCCAGACCGACAUUCCUCCUCCACUCUACGCGCUGCAGCCUGGCUUCUCUUUCAAUCUCCAAUGCCUGAUGAAAGAUGGCCGCCAGCUACAUCUGCAUCCAGGACAGCCUUUUGAUAUCCAGAAGCUUCAUGAUCAGUGCGACCUCGAUGAAGCUCAGGCCGAGGCUCUGGCCAACUCCCUCCAGAGAAAGAUAGGCCUGAUCCAGGGGCCACCAGGUACUGGAAAGAGCUUCACCGGUGUCUCUAUCGUCAAAGUGUUACUCGCAAACAAGAAGAAAGCAAAACUGGGUCCCAUACUCUGUGUGUGCUAUACCAACCAUGCCCUGGAUCAAUUCCUGGAAGAUCUGCUGAAGAAAAAGAUCACAUCCCAAAUUGUCCGCAUUGGCUCUCGGUCGAAGUCUGAAGCAAUAGAACCUUUUACCAUGCGCAACGUCGCUAAAAAAUUCGAGAAAACAAAAUUCGAAAGAUCCAGGUUUGGUGAACUCCUGGGGCAGCUGAAAAGUGCAACCAACGAUUUCCCAGAUGCUGGGCUAAACCGAAGGAGUUCGUCGGACGAUAUUGUCAGUUUCCUGAAAAAGACUAACAUCGACCAUUACAAGCAACUUUUUGAAGAAGAUACCAACGGGUGGCGCAUACACUCAACAGGUGGAUCGGAGGGAACCCUCCGAAACUGGUUACAUAACGGCAAAUCGAGUAACGGCCGGCCUCGUCUUGUCGAAGAGCUACAGGAUGUGCAUAUAGAUUCGAUGACUUUCCAGGAACGUAAAGCACUGUAUUUGGACUGGACCCAUGAGGCCCAGGAACAAACUUAUGCACGAGGUACCGAGUUCAUCCUAAACCACGCAGGAAUAAAAUCAUCUUUUGAUAAAAUUCGCAACGAAGGGGACCUCCGCUGCCUUCAAAAUGCCGAUGUGAUUGGGGUCACAACUACCGGACUUGCUCGAAACCUGGAAAUGCUACGGCGAUUACAAUCUAAAGUUCUCAUCGGCGAAGAGGCCGGCGAGGUCCUCGAGGCACAUCUCCUUACUGCACUUAUACCGUCUCUUGAGCAUGCUAUUCUUAUUGGCGAUCAUCUGCAGCUUCGACCACAGAUCCAAAAUUACGAUUUUUCAGCUGAGAACCCCAGAGGAGGUGAUCAGUACGCACUUGACGUCUCUUUGUUUGAGAGACUUGUGGAUACAAGCGAGGAUGGCCUAAGCCUCCCUCUCAGCACGCUCGAGACACAGAGACGCAUGCAUCCUUCCAUUGCAGAUCUCAUUAGGAAUACAUUAUACCAAAAGCUCAGGGAUGCACCAUCGGUCUCCGAGUACCCCGGUGUGAUGGGAAUGCGGCGAAGACUUUUCUGGUUGGAUCACCGCGAGUUGGAAGCAGGCUCCUCUGGAAACGAUGCAAUGACAACUUCGCAUUGGAACCAGCAUGAACUUAAAUUGACAGCAGCUCUUGUGAUGCAUAUCACUUUGCAGGGAGAGUACAAAGCGGGUGAUGUCGCAGUUUUGACCCCUUAUCUUGGGCAGCUCCAGCGCCUACGAACAGAAUUACAGCGUUUUUUCACUAUUUCGGUAAGCGAGCGAGACCAGGAUCAGCUCGACCAGGCAGGCUUUGAGAAUGGAGAAAGUCCUGCCAACAAAAAUAUUGUGAAAGAAAAUUUGCUACAAUCAGUUCGAUUGGCAACAGUGGACAACUUUCAAGGCGAGGAGGCCAAGGUGAUAGUAAUAUCUCUUGUUCGAAGCAACCGGCAGAACCGAUGCGGAUUCUUGCGUACAUCUAAUCGCAUUAACGUUCUUCUCUCACGAGCCAAGCAUGGAAUGUACAUCAUCGGGAACGCUGAAACAUCCGGUCAUGUCCCGAUGUGGGCGAAGGUGAUCGAGAUGUUUCGAGACGCCAAUAACUUUGUGUUAGUUACAGAUGUAAUAAGCAAUGCCGGUCAAACUUGCCCUGUGGACAUUCCUGCAAACGACUAUGUCAUCAAUGUGUUUCUCGUGAUGAGACAGGCGAAUUCCGCACUGAUCAUGGAGCUUGCAGGCAACAGUGCGGACGUAGCCACACAACAUGUGCCCACGUAUGUCGUACACCAUGCCAUGGUGAAGAUACCUGCCCACCAUGCAGUGAGACUUGCGACGUUCGCUGUGGUCAUUCAAGGUGUAGCAGAAAAUGCCACGAGCCGUGUGUACCUUGCGCUGAGGAUGAAUCGGUGUGAGAAGAUCCUUAAAUGCGGCCACCAGUGCCCGUCAGUGUGCGGAGAAAGCUGCCCUUCUGUUGAAUUCUGUCAGAUUUGUUGCGGCGACAAGAUCAAAGAUACCAUGAUCGACUUCAUACUGGGAGAGAGCUAUCACGAGAUCGACUUAAAUGAGAAUCCAUGCAUUUUCCCUCAUUGUGGCCACUUUCUGACCAUGGAAAGCAUGGACGGCCAGCUCGAUUUGAAAAAGCACUACAUCAUGGACACGAACGACAAGCCGAUUGCUAUAGCUUCCUCUUCGGAACCGUUCUCGAUUGAUGACAUAAAGAGAUGCGCAACUUGUCGAGGUUCUCUCCGGGAUAUUGCUCGAUAUGGCCGACUCGUUCGUCGCGCCCUGCUGGACGAAAGUACCAAGAAAUUAAUUCUCUUUUCCAACAAUGAGUACAUUGUGAUGGCCAAAGACCUGAGCAAGAAUUUGAAUGGUCUUCGUGAGAGGGAAACCGAAAAAUCCGAGGCUUUCAAGAACAAAAAAGACAUAGAAAUUGAAGGACCGCGCGGUCGCCAGAUUGAGAUAUUGGCCAAAUUAAUGUCACUUCGUUGGCGUGAAUCGUUAUCGUUACGGAAACGGUUGGUGAGCUACCAUCGAAAAGUCUCGCAGGAAGAGCAACCGUUCCAGCGAGUCCGCAACAAAGUAGAGGAUGUCCGGAGACGGAAAAGGGCAGACGUUAACUUUGAGUUUGACGAAAGCGUGCUACAGACAAAGGGUGUCUUGAUGGCUACUGCAUUGUUGAUUCGUCUCGAUACUGCAUUGAUAGCCGACUUUCUGACAUUACGCCGCAAAUCAAUACAGAAAGGAGACGUGACAAACAGCUUGACUAUUGACUUGAAGAAGAACAGACAGGACUGCGACGAUCUUGUGCAAAGCGCGGCAGCUUCGAUGAGAGUGUCACUUGAAGUCGAAGGACUUGUAUUUUUUGCUCAGCUUUGUGCUCUGGAGCAACCCUUUAGAAAUGUGUCGAUGACAGAGAGCCUAAUUGAAAAAGGUAUGGAAGCAGUUGAAAAGGCAAGAGAGCUAUGCAUGAGAAACCCCGGACAAACAGCAGGCCUGUUGGACGAAGUAGACGGGGCCCGGACCAUGUUGAACCAGGGCACGUUCUACACCGCAGUGACCAACAAAGAGCGGCUCGCAGUGAUUGGAGCCAUGGCCCGCGAGUUUCGUGGGACAGGACACUGGUAUUACUGCGUCAAUGGCCAUCCGUUCACCAUUGGCGAGUGCGGCAUGCCGAUGGAGCAGUCUCGUUGUCCCGAGUGCGGUGCCCCUGUUGGCGGCCAAGCCCAUCAACAGGUCGCUGGAGUGCGAAGGGCUGCCGAUUUGGAAGAAGGACUACGCAACAUGCAUCUUUAG